GUGACCCGGCAGGCCAUGGACCCGGCAGGAACAGUGACCCGGCAGGCCAUGGACCCGGCAGGAACAGUGACCCGGCAGGCCCUGGACCCGGCAGGAACAGUGACCCGGCAGGCCAUGGACCCGGCAGGAACAGUGACCCAGCUAGGCCAUGGACCCGGCAGGAACAGUGACCUGGCAGGCCAUGGACCCGGCAGGAACAGUGACCCUGGCAGGCCAUGGACCCGGCAGGAACAGUGACCCACCAGGCCCUGGACCCGGCAGGAACAGUGACCCGCCAGGCCCUGGACCCGGCAGGAACAGUGACCCGGCAGGCCCUGGACCCGGCAGGAACAGUGACCCGGCAGGCCCUGGACCCGGCAGGAACAGUGACCCGGCAGGCCCUGGACCCGGCAGGAACAGUGACCCGGCAGUCCCUGGACCCGGCAGGAACAGUGACCCGGCAGUCCCUGGACCCGGCAGGAACAGUGACCCGGCAGGUCAUGGACCCGGCAGGAACAGUGACCCGGCAGGUCAUGGACCCGGCAGGAACAGUGACCCGGCAGGUCAUGGACCCAGCAGGAACAAUGACCCGGCAGGUCAUGGACCCAGCAGGAACAGUGACCCGGCAGGCCCUGGUCCCGGCAGGAACAAUGACCCGGCAGGUCAUGGACCCAGCAGGAACAUUGACCCGCCAGGCCAUAAACAUAGUAGAUCAGUUGAGGAGAUCCUGGACUGGUUCAAGCCGCUGCCCCCUGUCCUCUCCCCCUUACCCUGCUCCUCAGCUCAGGAGAGGUUGGAUGAUGUCUUGGAGUCCAGAGCUCGAGGGACCAGAUUUCCUCUAGAGAACAGAAACCACUCUGUCUACACUACAGGACCAGCCAAUCAGACAGCAGGACAGAAAACUGGACCAGCCAAUCAGAUGGCCCUUGUGUUGUCAGGACAACAACCUGCAGACUCCUCAGUGGAACUACCAUCAGACAGAAUUAAUUUUACUCAGAGAGAAAGCCCUGUUUCAGACAGUACUAAUUCUACUCUGAGAAAAAGCCCUGAUCUGGCCACCGGGACCUCAGGAGAGACAGAGAGGAACAGUGUGGCUGUCUGUGAACAGGAAGACAUGCAGGUAGAACCAGCUGCUGAAACCAUCCAGUCCCCAUCAGGAGAGAGUCAAAACUCCUCUAAUGAUCUACCUUACUUUACCAAAGCCACAGAGUGUCUCCCAAACUCAGUAGAGCAUCCAGGCAACCUCUCUGUCCAUACUGGGGCCGUUCAGACCUCACUCACCCAGACACAAGGAGAAGAAGUGCAGGACUUCUCACCAGACAUGACAGAGAUGGAUGUUGAGACUAACCCGUGUUAUAAUGGCUGUGUCUUGGCGGGUCAGAGCAUCAACCAUGGGGACUCAGAGAAAGUAGAAAGCAUUAAAGAUCAGUCAGGAGAGGCCAGCGUGUCUCAAACUCCCUCCACUAAACAGCUGGAACCCAGUCAUCUGGUUGAGUGUUCUGCGGAGACAGUGACUGGUCCAGAACAACUGACUGAAUGGGCUCCUAACACUCAAUGUAACACAACUGAUCAGAAAGCAGCUCCUCAAGCAUGUCCCCAUAAACAAGACAAGUUGUUUACAGGCCAGGAAUCAGAUAAAGACGAUGAAGAGGGUUUCUCUUGGAAACAGGUUGGUGAUGUACUGUUCCCUCCCAGUCACCCUACAGAAAGACUGGCCUCCCCCAGUCACCCUACAGAAAGACUGGCCUCCCCCAGAGACCCUACAGAAGGACUGGUCUCCCCCAGUCACCCUACAGAAGGACUGGUCUCCCCCAAUCACUCUACAGAAGGACUGGCCUCUCCCAGUCACCCUACAGAAGGACUGGCCUCUCCCAGUCACCCUACAGAAGGACUGGCCUCCCCCAGUCACCCUACAGAAGGACUGGCCUCCCCCAGUCACCCUACAGAAGGACUGGCCUCCCCCAGUCACCCUACAAGUGUCCACAUCUCUCCUGACAGUUUAAUGAGCUCUGUAAAGAACGUAGAGAACUGUACUACGACAUCUGAACUCCAUGAAGACAUCCAGGCAACAAAACCCAAUGCUCAGAGUAGCAGAAACCAUACAGUUUGCAAGAGGUUACAUAGUCCCAUAUGUCUUUCCCCUGUGGUGAACGUGAAGCUCCUGAGAUCUGGUACACAACCGAAGAGGAUGAAUGGAAGGAAAGAUGCUGAAGACCCAGGGUCUGACAUUAGGAAUCCACCGUCUCCAACAGAGUUACAGAGUGACGAGUCUUUGAACAACGGGAUGCUGAAAGAUUGUGAUCGCCCAGUCCAUGUUCUACAACACCAGGAUAUGAAAGCUGACCGUACGCGUCCUACAACCACUGACUGCAUCUCUGAGUCAAGGUCUGAGUCCCAGCUGACAGAUGAAGGGUCUGAGAAACUAGGUAGGAAAGACAAGACUGAGAUGAUCAGUACUAGAAGUGGGCGUGUCAGGAAGAGUCUUGUUAGAUCAAACGCAGUCCAAACCAGCUCAGUGAAUGACGGAGCGGCUCCCAGGGACGGAGCGGCUCCCAGGGACGGCCAGCAAACGACCACCCUUUCAUGUAAAGUUAUUAUUGAAAGACUCAGCCCUGACAUGAGUGAAGGGAUCAGGCCAGCAGCCUUGCCUGUGGGCCACACCCCAGAACCUACAGCAGCCUGGCCUGUGGGCCACUCCCCAGAACCUACAGCAGCCUUGGCUGUGGGCCACUCCCCAGAACCUACAGCAGCCUUGCCUGUGGGCCACUCCCCAGAACGUACAUGGAAAGUUCCCAUUGGGAAGGUUCGCUUUGAAAUGGGUCCUCCUCUACCUCCUCUUCUGAUGCCUCUCACUGUAACUCCUCCGAGACCGGUAAAACCUGGCAAUCCAAGACAGGUGAUUGGUAAACUGUCCUUUCCCUCACCAAUGGAAGGGCCUGUUUCCCCUGUGGGGUCCCAAACAGCACCUGAUGGUCAGAUGUUGAGCUCCCCGUCUCGAACCACCCCUUCCUCACCACUACAGUUUGGUUCAGCCACUCCUAAACACGCUGUUCCUGUUCCAGGGAGACUUCCUGCCUUCAGCCCCUCCUCUUCCUCCACUAGUCCCGCCCAGGAGAACUCCAUGAGGAUUCUAGACAGCAUGUAUCCAGAACUGUCUGCCCGUGCCUGGACUCUCAGUAUCCUCCGAGGAAACCUCUCUAUGUCUUCUGCUGAGACGGGGACCACACCUUCCAGCUCUGUCAGUCAGAUAUCUGGCUUCAAAACCAUCAACUCCUCGUCCACGGCUUUCACCAAAACGGAGCAAAGAGGGAAGCGAAGUGGAGUCAACAUGCUUCUACCAAAGAGUGCCAAAAGACUGAGGCUGGAUAACUGCUCCCCCGGCCCUGCUGGGGCGACGGCCGUUCCUGCUGCGAAGGGGAUAUCCUCCACGACAUCAGCCAGUCCUGACCCACUACUCAGGACACCUCAACAUGGGAGUUCUUCACAGCCUACAGAGAAGGAGAAACUGUUUGGGAAACCAGCAGGCGAAGCCUCCAUAUUCCAGGCCUUAGAGAAGGAGAAACUAGUUAGGAAAGCAGCAGGCGAAGCCUCCAUAUCCCAGGCCUUAGAGAAGGAGAAAUUGGUUGGGAAAGCAGCAGGCGAAGCCUCCAUAUCCCAGGCCUUAGAGAAGGAGAAAUUGGUUGGGAAAGCAGCAGGCGAAGCCUCCAUAUCCCAGGCCUUAGAGAAGGAGAAAUUGGUUGGGAAAGCAGCAGGCGAAGCCUCCAUAUCCCAGGCCUUAGAGAAGAUAGCAGCCCAGUGUUUUGACCUGUUGCCUGUCAUCAAGAGUCACCUGUUUGUUGGGAAUCUGUCUAGGAAGCCUGUGUUACGGGAUGAGGAGAAAGAGGUCCUCUCUGAGUUCUCAGAAAAUCAGCCUCUGGUAGAUGAUCUGAUGUCGGUGAUGCUGACUAAGCUGAAGACUGAGAGGACUGAGCUGCCUGGGUCUCACCUCCAGGCUCUGGUUAGAGUCUACACUGCUCUGUGCCGACGGAGGAGGGACUGGGACAGAGCACAUAUCCUGGCCUACAGCAUCCUUAGAGAAGAUUUCCCUGAGUCAACCAAGCUGGUUCUGUUCAUGGUGACCACAUGGCCCAAUGUGUUCUCCUGCAGGACUGUAGUGUGCCAGGCCAUCCACACGGUCACCAAGGUCAAAGCUCACGGAGAGGUGCUCCACUGCCUAACUGCUUACCUGGGAUGGGAGACGAGUCCUCCUAGUGACGUGGAUCAGUUGGUGUCCCGCACGUUGACGUCCGUCAGAGCUGCAGCUGAGAUGACCUUCCAGAAACACCCGCGACAGGGACAGGACCUGAACCCCGUUGCCUGGCAACACGUCUUCACCCUGGAGCUGCUCUGCUCUCAUACACACUGGGAGUGGACCCAUGACAACCUACUGAGUACAGAGCUGUGGCCAAUGAUGAACUCCUGGGUGACCCAGCCCAGGUCAAGACAAACACCCAUCCAGGAUGUCACUGUGGCUGCGGUCCUCAGACUCAUAGGGCGCCUCGGGCAGCUCGGAAUAAAGGAGAGAUGCGGCUCGUCUGUGAAGAACAUCGCCAGGGUCAUCAACACAUUCGCCAGACACGGACAGUCAGAAGGUGUUCCCUGGGAGGUCCAGCUGGCAGCUGUCUACACUGUCUACGACCUGUCGCCUAGCAACCCCAAGGAGGCUCUGGCUGCGCUGGCGUCAUGGCGAGGAGAGACCACCCAGCCCGUCCCCCCCGCUGUCACCAGCUGCAUCACACAGAUCGCCUCGCUCUGCCGACACAUCAAACCCUAGUCCCUAAAACCUAGCUCCUAAUCCCUAGCUCCUAUUCCCUAGUCUUUAACCCCUGACCCCUAUCCCCUCGCUCCUAUCCCCUCGCUCCUAACCCCUCGCUCCUAACCCCUCGCUCCUAACCCCUCGCUCCUAACCCCUCGCUCCUAACCCCUCGCUCCUAACCCCUCGCUCCUAACCCCUAGCUCCUAACCCCUAGCUCCUAACCCCUAGUCCCUUAAACCUAGCUCCUAUUCCCUAGUCCUUAACCCUUCCACACCCCUAACACUUAGCUCCUAACCCCCUAACCACUAGCUCCUAAUCCCUAGUCCUUAACCCUUCCUAACCCUUAGCUCCUAACCCUUAGCUCCUAACCACUAGCUCCUAACCCCUAGUCCUUAACCCUUAGCUCCUAACCCUUAGCUCCUAACCCUUAGCUCCUAACCCUUAGCUCCUAACCCUUAGCUCCUAACCCUUAGCUCCUAAUCCCUAGUCCUUAACCCCUAGCUCCUAAUCCCUAGUCCUUAACAACAGCACACCCCUAACCCCUAGCUCAUAAUCCCUAGUCCUUAACAGCUCCACACCCCUAGCUCCUAACCCCUAGUCCUUAACACCUCCACACCCCUAAUCCCUAGCUCCUAACCCCUAGUCCUUAACACCUCCACACCCCUAAUCCCUAGCUCCUAACCCCUCCUAAUCCCUAGCUCCUAACCCCUAGGUCCAUUGCCACUUGUACAGAUGUGAAAGGAUUUCCUAGGUCCAAGAAUGUUGCCUAUCAGAGGACAAGGUGAAGCAGCAUCCAUUUGACUGUUACCUAUCCAUACCUUUUCAGAUCUGACACCUUGAACCCUGCUGUGGACUGAACUUCUGGGACUGGUUUUAAUGUCCAUAUUAUUUAUCUGUUGGUUAACGCAUCACGUUCCCCUUGAUGUUCUGUUGCGGUUCUUUAUAUGUUAAGCAUGACUUUGUAAAUAUGAUGUUGUAUACAAUAUCUUCUUACUUUUGUAAAUGUUUUGUAAAUGUUCACUGUUACAGAGCCUAUUAUUUCUAUUUAAUUUGGCAAAUUAAAAUCUAAGAGGUAAA